AUUUGCCCUGCGCCCCUUUGCACUGGAAAAGCUUCGCCCGUGAUGAUAGGUUUGAGCGUAACUUGCUUGGCAGGUACGAGGAGUAAGACGAGCGACGGGGAGUUCUUUCACGAGGGUCUGUUGACGUAUUAGUUCCGCUCUUUGACCCAGUUGUUGGUUGGAACUCGGCGUCUUUGUCUGAAGAGCAGGGCGUGUACUCUGUAGAGUCGUAGGAUUUGUUCGUUUGGGAGCCGAUGUUGGGUUGUCUAUGUCAGAGAUCGGCAACAUUGAGCCGAUGUCUGGCUAGGGACAGGCCUAUUUCGAGGCUGAGCGCGAUGAGAAAACGUAUAUCCUUGACUGUGAUUGUAUCCGUAUCGUGUUUUGGUAUUAAUAAGUACGAUGAACCCACGUGUGUGGUGCCUGGUCGAAAUUUGAAGCGCUAUCUCCUACUUUUUGUCUCUGCUUCCGUUUCUCUUGAUUGUUUCUGCAAUAAAUCUGAAAAGCAAAUAAUUCUGACAACAAAGAGCGACGUAUAUGAAGCUUCCUGCUCUCAUACACAGAUCGAUCACAAUCACUACCUAAUAAGUGAAGGCAGUCGCAACUAACAAGCUCGAAUCAGAUCAGCUUUCGCUUGCACCAACAGGAAGGAAGUUGUUCGACCAGCCACUUGCCCAAAACGUGCUAUUCGACUUGUCUUGUGAGACCUCCUCAUCAUCGAGCUCUCUCUUUCCAGCCUCUCAAGACACCGAGUUUCUUUUUCUUUCCUUUCGGUGUCUUUUUCUUCUCCUCCCUCUUUUUGGACUCUCAAACUUUUUUCUCCCUGCUCUCCCUUGGAUAAUACGUCACUCGAAGACACGAGAGUUUGGGUCUAGCUCCAGGUGGCUUUUUACACUAUUUACGCGCCGUAUCGUGUCUCCGACGACAGUCAGCAAGCCACCGAUCACUUCCUACUCCUCCCAAUCUCGAGAAACGAAAUCGAAGUGUUGUUUACUUUUAAACUGAGACACUCGAAACAAUGGCGGGAUCAAAUGAUCUGGAGGCCAACAACAGGAUGUCGCGUGGGUCUGAGGCUGUCGACAAUGGAUUCUCAGAAAAGCCUCUAAACCAGGGAACAGGUUCAGGAAUACACGCCUCCGUCUACAUAAUAACAUGGAUUUUCUUUUCCAAUACCACGAUUCUCUUCAACAAGUGGCUAAUCGACACUGCUGGAUUCCGAUAUCCUAUCAUCCUCACAACAUGGCAUCUUGUCUUUGCAACAAUAGCAACGCAGCUACUUGCUCGUACUACUUCUCUUCUCGAUUCACGCCACUCACUCCCAAUCACUCGACGACUCUACAUAAGGACCAUCCUCCCCAUCGGCGUCCUCUACUCGGCUUCGCUCGUCUUCUCCAACAUCGUGUACCUCUACUUGUCUGUUGCGUUUAUUCAGAUGCUCAAAUCUACCGGCCCUGUCUGCACUCUCGUGGCUUCGUGGGUGUGGGGUGUCGCUCAGCCGGAUAGUAAGACGUUUGGCAACAUCAUGCUCAUUGUUGCUGGUGUCGCCAUUUCCAGUUUUGGAGAGAUCGAGUUCUCCUGGUGGGGGUUUCUCUUUCAGAUGUGCGGCACCAUUGCAGAAGCCGUGCGUGUUGUCAUGAUCCAGGUCAUGCUCAGCGCUGAGGGUCUCCGUAUGGAUCCUCUUGUCGGCCUCUACUAUUACGCACCUGUCUGCACCCUUAUGAACAUGUUCGUUGUCUUGUUUAGUGAAGGCCCCCGAUUUAAAUGGGAAGAUGCAGCUCAAGCCGGGUAUGGCGUACUGCUUGCCAAUGCUUGCCUUGCAUUCUUCUUGAAUGUCAUCAGCGUUUUCCUUAUCGGUAAAACAUCAGGACUUGUCAUGACUCUGAGUGGUAUUCUUAAGAGCAUCCUUCUCGUGGCUGCUUCUGUUUUGCUUUGGGGUACUCACAUCUCCCUUACACAAACACUGGGAUACGCCGUUGCCCUUAUGGGUCUUGUUCUAUAUUCGAUCGGUUACGAACAACUUCUCAACAUGUGGGAAGAAGCGGUUGCAUGGGGUACCGGUUCCCUGAAUCGAGAGGGCGAGAUGUCUCCUACUUUACGCAAAGGCAUCAUGAUUGGAUGUUUGGGUUUCAUCACUGUGAUAAUUGCUGGCGCGUUAUGGCAUUAUCAUGGGUUAUCUAGCGAGCAUGUAACUCGGGUGACCUCGUCGUGGUUUGCCCAUUGAUGACGAUUUCACUUAGGCAUUAUAUAGACUUUUAAUAAUGAUCAAGCGUUUUAAUGAAAUUAAUUGUCCCAUCAG